CUCAAGAUGAUGGGAUGUUUGUCCUAUUCUAAUUCAUAUAAAGUAAGUUCACAAACUAAUUUGUUGUGGACACCUUCAGCUAUGAUUAAUGCAUCUGGCAUAAUUUAGGCUGAAUCAUUAGCAUGUAUAAUUGGGCAUACUCCUGAGCUGAAAUCAACAGACAACACAACUGAUCAUGAUGACACAAGAUGCUAACAAGAUUAGUUCUGACAAUUAGCAAAGUUAUAUGCUAACAGCAAACUGUUAUCGAGUAACAUGAAAGUAAAAGGAUUUUGAAUAUACUCUUGUAUCCGUAGAUUUUUCGUUUCUGUUUGAUGUAUGCUAACGAGAUUAUAUUCGAUUGCUAAUUGGUUGUGAGGCCUACCCAAAAACCUCACAUUUCUUGGCAGUUGCAUAUGGCUGGCGCAGCAAUGGUGAUCUACUGAUCCUAUUAUGUAUAUCUUGUUACAUUCAUGUGAACAAAUAUCUAUCUACUUAGAGCGUUAUUUGUAAUUGAAGGAUAGAAGGAACUUUUAUUAGCUUAAGCCUACCCACAAACCUCACAUUUCUUGCAACUUCCAUAUGGCUGGCGCAGCAAUGGUGAUCCACCGAUCCUAUUAUGUAUAUCUUUGUUACAUUCAUAUGAGCAUACAUCUAUCUACUCAGGGCUUUAUUUAUAAUUAGAGAAUAGAAGGAACUUUUAUUAGCUUAAUAAUCACAUUGUCUUUGUUGUACAGUAAUUUAUUUGUAUGUGGUGACAGAGUUCCACAUGAAUAGUAUUUUGACUACCGUAUUACAUGCAUAGCACUCUGUGAUAUUAUCAUUAGGAUAAGUUGAUUUUGUUAUGGAAGACAUCUGGAACUCCACGUUCUUCUGGAUAUUCCAGUUUCCUGUUUUUUGCAUCCAUCAGGACAAAUUGGAUGACCAUUCAGAUGGUAAAUUUAUGAUAGCAGGUGCAUUGGGUUUGCCUAUGAAUAUGUGCUUGGAUACAUGCAAGAAUGCACUGCAUCCUUUCCCUUAGUAACCGUGUUGAUGUUUUAGUUGACGUGGAAUUUUUUCCGGGUGUCUUCUAGGAAACAUGCUCUGCAAUUUUUUAUCAUAAUAUAUCUGAUUAUGCAAGCGGUUGAUUGUUAUUCACAAAUAAUUUUCAUGCUAUUCUCCUAAGCAGCAGUGACGGACCAUGGCGCGCCGCACUCAAGCAAUGUUGCUCAGUUGCUAAGUAUGUGCUUCUGGUCUUUCUCCAGUCAUAUACUUUCUACAGUUGAUGCUUAUAAGGCAUUAAGAAAAUAAUUCAGAAUCAUGUGAGACACCUCCUGAUAUGUGCAACAUUAUAUGGUUAUUACUCCUAUAUCGGAAGCUUUGGGGUUCCAAUGGCAAAAUAUUUACAGUGCACUGUCAUUCCUUCAUGUUUGGUACAUUCAGCAAGGGAUACUUACCUAACCAACCUCAAGUAUUGGAGAAAGGUGAUGUUUUGAAGUCAGCAGCUUCGUGAAUUACUCUAACCAAGUAGCAGUGCCAGCAACAAAGCAGUGGACAUCUGUUGCAUCUUGGGAGUGAUCUGUGCUGGACAGCAGGGUUUGGAGCCAACUAAGCUGCCCCCAGAUCCUGCGCGCUCGGUGUCUGCUGAUGAGCAUGCAAGGCAAGGGUCUCCCAUGUGAUGUGCCUGAUGCCGCGCACAAUUCCGUGUGCUAAUCGGCUGACAGAGACGGUGGCGAUCGUGCUUGUGGAUUGCAGGGCUGGACUCGUUUCUGGGCGCAAUAAAGCUUUGGUCAUGGCGCCGUUUCCAGCCCAUGUUGAGGUUCUCGGUGCCCCCGCGGGGAAAGGGCCGGUGGUUCCCAAGUUCGGCUCUUGGGACGCCGAGAACAUCGGCUACACCGUCUUCUUCGAGAAGGUGCGCGAGAACAAGGCCGCGCCCGUGCCGGGCACGGCGGCGCCGGCGCCAGCGCCCAGGGGGCACGACGACCAAGAGUUCGACCCGUAUGAGUACUACGAGAACCUCAGCCGGAACGUGCCCUUGCGCCCGCCCAGCUCGCACGGGCACCAGACGCCGGCGCAGCAUUACGACCACCUCGGCGGUAACGUGCCAUCGCGCCCGCCGAGCUCGCACGGCCACGGCCACCCGUCGCCGGCGCAGCACUACCCCCCGCAGCACGGCCACGGGGGCUACCACCGGCGGAACGGGAGCAACGGCAGCAGCGCCGCGUCCGAGGUCAGCAGCCGCGCCAGCAAGUUCUCGCCGCCCAGGCCGUACCAGCCGCGGUACGGCAACAACGGCGGCAGCUACCACCAGCCCCAGCAGCAGCAGCAGCAGGCCGCCGCCGCGUACGCCGCCUCGGUGCCGAGGCACCACCAGCAAGCGGCACCGGCGCCGAGGGUCGCCGCGUCCCCGCCGGCGAACGAGCGGCGCCCGGGCCAGGGCGCGCCACCGCAGGCCCGUGCCGCCAAGGCCCCGUCGGCCGUGCCCAAGUUCGGCGUUUGGGACGAGCAGAACGCGAACGCGGCGGCGCAGGGCUUCACGGUGCAGUUCGAGAAGGUGAAGCGGCACCGGGAGGUCGCCAAGGCCGCCGCGCCGGACGUGCCGCCGGUCGCGAAGCGGCAGCUCUCGCCGGACCGGGUGGCGCCCACGUGGGGCCACCCGCGAAGGAAGCCCAAGAAAUCCUUCCUGUCCAAGGUCUAUGGGUGCCUGUUCCCAGUGGUCAGACAGUGACGGGGCAGCUGGUUCAUCUUAUAUACUCCUAUGUUUUUCUGGAAGGAACCCUGUAGUGUAUACAGUAUUUCAUUUGUUCAUUCGUUGUUCGUUAUGAGUAAUAUAUAUACUCCUUGGUAUUAAUAAAUCAUGGCAAGAUAAAAGCACUUGGCGUAUACGUA